AUGAAACAACCUUUGCGCCUUAGAAGAGUUGUAAUAACAGCACUAGCAGUACGAAAAUUUCAAAAGUUUGAAUCAGAUAGAUUUAAACAAUCUAUUGAAUGUGAAUUUGAUAAAACAGUUGCAAUUAACGAAUUAAAACGUUCUCACGAACAAGACAAAUCGUUUGAUUUAAAAGAGUCUAAGAAGUUUGCAUAUUACAUACGCAAGUUCACAUUAACAUUCGACGAAUUGAAAUAUGUGCAUACAGAUCUGUUAAGUCAACUGAAUAAAUACUUGAAUGGCUUAAGUAGUAAUUUUGAUGAACAAGUUCAUUAUUUUCUAUGCUUAUCGUUGAAGUAUUUAACUCAAAAUAGCAAACAACUGAAAGAAGAAAUUCAAUAUUCUCUUGUCAUCGAUUUGAUCAAACGAUGUAAUAACGAAUCUAUUAAGACUGAACUUGUUUAUACAUUGGCCUACAUGACUGAAAAAUUGACAUUAAAUAACGAAUUAAUUGAUGAACUAAGUAGUUUGGUGCUAAAUAAGUUUGAUAUCAAUGAAGAGGCAAAAGGAUUGUUAUUAGCUCAAUUAGAAAUUAGUAAAAGUCUUCAUGGCAAUGAUCAAUUAAAAACUGAAUAUCGAUUUAUAUCAACAGGUAAAUCUAAUGGUAAUCAGAAAAUGAAUAAAUUAGUAGUUACCAAAACAAUACAAACUGUCAAAUCAACUUUCAAUAAUAAAGAAUCUGAAGAAGCAAAGAUGAUAUUUAUGAAUUUAUCCGAUGCACUCAAAAAUCGAAACCGAACGUUGAAUAUGAAAACAACAUUAGAAAAAAUUGAGACUAUAGAUGAUACAAGUGGCGAUGAUAGAUCAAUGUGGAGAAGUACUUGGGCAGAAAGUCUUAAUUUAUACACAUUAGUCGUAUCACAAGGUCAAACAUUAAAAAGUGAUGAUAAAGAUUAUUAUUUACCAGAAAAAUUAUUUGGUUCGCAUUUCUGUUUUAAUACAAAUAUAUUUUCAGGAGGAAUAAUAAGUACCAAUAGGAAACAGAAAGUUUACUCAUUUUUUAUUAACAGAAUGAUUGCUGCUACAUUACUUCGAGCAUCAAAAAAGCAACAAUUAAAUAGUGAUGCGAUUGAUAAACUAAUGAUGUGCGUAACUGACUUUGAUUCUUUUGUUUCGAUUGCAUUGCAUUGUAACGAAAAUAUGUUAGACCUAUUUGUCAAUGCCAUGCAUGAUGAUUACGAUGAAUUCAAGGAAUUAACACAGCCGGAUUUAGUAACUAUUUUUAUUAAGAGAAUUAUAGAUAAAACAAUCGAAAUUGUUAUACAUAAAGGAUGGUUAUGGAAUUCAACUGAAAAAGAAAACAAUUCAAUAAACUUAAAUGUUAUAUACAACUGUUCAAUUCGAAACAAACAAGUUCUUACUAAAAAUCGAAUAAAAAAAAUUCAACAAUAUUUAACUGAUUAUCAAGAAAAUGAUGCUAAAUUUACAAAAACAAUCUUUCAAUUAAUGCACAUAGCUGAUUCAACUAAUAACAGUGAUUAUAAAACAACAUUUAAUACAUAUAUUAAUGUCUUAGUACGUGGAACACGUGCAAACAAUGAGAUGAUAAUUAGUUUCAUAAAUAAUCAAGCCAAAGAUGCAAAACGAAGUAAAGAAUUAUUUACUGAUAAAAUACUAGAAAAAUUAAUUAAUUUGUUAAAUAGUGACGACUAUGAUACGAAAAUAAAAGAAGAUAUAGUAGAGAUAAUUAACACUUAUUUGGAACAUGAAACAAAUAAGGCUUUGAAAGAUAAACAUUUGGAAUUGUUGAUUCAAUACAUUCUAGAUCCUAGUAAUUCAAGUGAUAAUCUUAUUAAUUCUGUCCUUACAUCUAUAUUGAUAAUUGCUGAAAAACAAAGUUUACUAUCAAAUCGAAUAGUGAAAAUAUUAAUUGACAAUAUGAAAUGUUUUGGCGAGAAUUCUUCGAAUUAUAUUUUACUUAUUCUAAGUCGUGUUAUUCACGAGCGAAAUUCUCUUGAUGAUGAACAAGAUUUGGAAAAAAUAUCUUUCAAAUUAGAGAGUAAUGAUGUUGUUCAAUUAAAUGACGAUUCAAAAAUAAUUUUUACACAACGUUCCAAACAAAAUCAACAUGGCAAUCAAAUUUCAUUACUCACUGCUAAUCUCAUUUUUCUUUUUAUUCAAAAAGAAAUUCUAAUAACGAAUAAAACAAUUGAAAAUUUAAUUUUAGCAUUGAAUAAUGAUGAUAAACAAACAAAGAUCAUUUCAUCGAAAUGUAUUUAUAAAUUAUCGAAAUAUAUAAUGUUAGAAAAUGAUACUCUUAGUCAAAUGAAAGAUUUUGUCAACGAUCAAAUUUAUGAUGUCAGUAUUUAUAUUCUUGCAGCUUAUUCAUGUGGUUUAAUGUUCUUAUCUGUAUUUGACCAGCCAAUCAAUGCCAUGCAUAUGGAUAAUUUAAGUUCAUUAUUUCUCACUCAAAAUUUAAGACUAGGAGAGAUUGGGACAAAUAAAAUCUUACAGAACUCAGCAGAUAAUUUGUACAUGUCAAUCAAUGUGAGACGACGAUAUAAUUCGUUUAAAUUUUUAGAAAAAGCCAGACAAAAUCAAGAUUUACCUGAAGGUAUAUUCUAUAAAAUCGAACUUGUUAAAGCUGCUUUUGUUCUAUCUCGAUCAUUGAAUAAAAAAUCAAUUAUGAAAUUUUUAGAAGAACAAACUAAUAAUGGAAUACAUUUACCAAUUGAUACAGUUAUUGCUUUAGAAAAAGAAAUUUAUAAUGAAGAUGCUUUACGAAUCUUGUACAAUAUAUCGAAAAAUAAACAAAUCAUACAAUAUGAUUUGUUGAAUAAAUUAAUCAAUAUAUUUAAUCCAAAUAGUGAUCAAUUUAUUUUAAUUAAUAUCUUUGAAAAUGUAGCUAAAAAUAAUCAAACAUUAUCUAUUGAACUUUUAAAAAAAUUAGAAAUAGCUUUAAACAGAAAAACAAUUGAAGAUAAAGUACUUUCAAUAUUUAUUUAUUUGGCACAAAAAGAACUUUUAAGUGCACUUGGAUCAUUAAUUCAAACUCAUCAUAUCAAUAUUAAACAAUAUCAGCAACAAAUAGAGGAAAUCUUAGAAAAUGGAAUCCGUUCAGAUAAUAUUCAUUUACAAAAGAUGUGUAUUCAUGUAUUAAAACUAUUAGCUCAAUUUAUAACGAUUAAUUCAAAUCUAUUCGAUAUUAUCAUCAAAAUUGGUAUAAGUUUCGAUUGUGAUCGAAUAAUAAAAGAUGAAAUAUAUUCAUUAUUUACAUUUAUGGAACAAAAUAGUCAUAAUAAUCAGCUGACAAAUAAAUAUAAAGCAAAAAUUCAAUUAGCGAAUUUAAAUUAUCAAUCGAAUAGUGAACUAUUAAAUCAAUUAAAGACGUAUGCAAAUUAUGAAGAUGGUUUAUUAGAACAAAAUUACUGUCAAUUAAAAAAUAUUAUCGAUCAAGAUCUUCAAUUACAAGAAAACACUUUAGAAAUUUUACAUUUAUCAAAAUCAAAAAAUCAAAUGACUAAUGAUCUUAUUGAAAGUAUUGUACUAUUAUAUGAAAGUACGAAUUCUCAAGUAAUCAUGAAUUCUUGUUCGAAAUUACUUGAAGAUGUAAAUUGUAGUGGAAAAAAUCUGAAUAAUAGAGUGAUGAAAAUCGUUUAUGAAAAACAAAGAAAUGAUAAAGCCAAUGAAAUCAAACAGGCAUUUUCUCAAAAUAAUCUUUACAAACAAUUACAAGUGCAAUUUCAAUUCAAUGACGAACAAAUAAACGAACUAAUCAAAAUGUCAAUUAAAAGCGAUCCAUUUUAUUAUAAUAAUCAACAAUUUGUUCUUCUCAUCGAACAAAUUUUAUUAACAAAUACAUGUGAUGAAAUAACAUUACAAUGUUAUUGUCGUAUAAUUAAAGAACAAAAAUGUCAAAAAGCUGAAGAAAUUCUUGACAAAUUAGUUCAAACAACCAAUGAAACAUCAUUAUUACUAUUACUCAUUGAAUCAAUUUAUUAUUCAUUGAAAUAUUGUCAUUUAUCUGACAAUUGUUUCAUAUUCUUAGAAAAUAAUCUCGAUCACGAUGAUCGAUUGAUUCAAAGUUUUGCAUUUAAAGGAUUUAAGAAUAAUUCAUAA